CUCCCAUGUUUUCUAUUGUUAUACCAAAAAAAAAGUGAAAAGCAAAGAAAAACAUGCAGCAUGUGAGGCCCAGAGUGCUAAGUAAAUAGUCUGUGCGCCGUUAUCGUAAAAAAAGCCAGCAAAAAGCGAGUAGAUCUCUGCAGUGAAUGUGAAAAAAAGAGUUGCAAGUGAAAAUUCCAACAAAAAGCAGCAAACACACACACAAGACACUGCCGCACAUUCAGGCCGAUGUAUGUGUGUCGCUCUUUGGACGCAAUUUUGGUAGCAGGACAGUGGAGCUAAGGGAAUCUGGGCCCCGAGUGAAUGGUAGAGUGCACUUUGCGACUCUCAGACUCGACUUCUCCGAAAAACGGAGCAUUCAAAAUAGCACAAGAGAGAUCCCAUCGCCGGCGACGUCAAUCGGAGGGUUCUGGAGCCGACGAUGAUGACUACGAGUAUGAAGAUGAGGGAGAGGAUGCUAUUGAGCCAAGCACGGAAGUUCCCGCGGUGACUACGCAUGCGCAUCGUCAUCAUCAUGGAGUGGUGGACCAAGAAUUAACUAAGAAACUCGCUGUGAAGCAGUGUAACAUGUGGGACACCAUUGAAGCUGAGUCUGAGGGCACCGCACACGCUUCAGAUAUUCUUGCGCCAAAGAAGCGAUCAGUCUCCUGGAUAACAACCACUGCGGGUUGUCUAAAAAAAUUUAAGAAAUCUGAUGUUGGCAUUGGUGUGGAGCCCAAAACAGAAGUCGCAAAUAAAAUAUGGUCGGAAUUGCGUUACUUGCAGGAUGAAACCAGUGAUAUUGCCGAUUCCACAGAGGAUUCCAGUGAAUCCGAGCUGGACCUGGAGGCAUCUCAUGAUACGUCCUCUGAAGCGGGACCUCUUGGGAGUAACAUUAACUCUGAUGAUGACCAAAAGACUGAUUUUUUUCUAUACACACAAUCUAAGACUGCCUGGCGGGUGCCAAUGGUACUUGAAAGAACAAUAAAAAAAUUUGUUUACUUUCCUAAAAAUAAGAACGCUCAAUCAACAAACCGUUUAUUUGUGACGGGAUCCAUUCAAAAGAUCGUCAUUUUCUACAACGAUGAGAAAUCCGCAACCAUAGAAGAGCUCACCGAUGGGCAUGACUGUGGAAUUAAAACUCAGGAAUCGACUAUCCAAUCCAUCAACGAUAAAGAAGCUGGAAUUGAGCCGGAUAAAGAAUAUAAAAUACCAAUUGAUGAUAAAGAUGGCUUGGAUUUGGCCUCUCCAUUCGCUAUUAACGAAGCUCCACUGGAAGAUCAACAAGAUGCGGAGACAAAAGCACUAUCGUCAUCGGAAGCCGAACCACAGCUAUUCAAAGAGGAUCUUGGUUCCUGCACCCUGAAGGAUGAAAAGAUUUGUGACAUAAAAGUUCUACCAGAAGCACAGCAGGACUCAGAUGCAGAGUCUCUAAUCACUAUUGAAGAAGUUAAAGAAGAUCUGUCCCCAACUGAAACCGAACCACAUGCAUCGCCGGAAACAGGAGCAGUGACUGAGGAUGAUGAAAGUGCCAUGGAAGUAGACGAGGCUAACCGAUCAAUGCAGCACUGCCAGGAUUUCAAUGUAGAACUACCUUACUGCCCCCCAGCGUUGAGCGUCUUUGAGAAUAGCCUGACGUGCAACGAUGUGCUGGCCGUGAUCAAAGAGGACAUAGAGCUCUAUGGCACUGCCGUGUUGACCCUGUUGGCUGGUCAGAUCACAGUGAACGGCUUCAGAGCCAAAAAACGUCAAAACUUGACCAUCUACUCCCCCAAGGGCAUCAAUUGGGUGAGCAUUUCUCCGAAAAAGCGUGCGAAACCAAUGCAAGAGAAGGUUGAAUGGGACAAAUUGUCUGAGAACUUUACGUGCGCACAAUUGGACAACCUUCAGGGGUGCUUCAAUAGUCAGGAGGAUGCCCUUGUGCUCUUGCAGAGGAACACCAAGGACCAGAACAUGCUCGAAACUUUAAAGCAGUACAUGAGCCAGAUUUUGUUCCCCCAGGUGAAUGGGGCUAAUGUGCCGCACUCGCAAAGCGAGAUGCUGCUCAACUGCUACAUCCAGAGCUCGGACAGAAAACGCACCCUUCAAGUACCUUAUGAGUGGACAAAGCUGAAGAUUCAAAAGACGAGCCGCCUGAUGGUAACCGGUGGGAAGGGUGUCGGCAAGUCCACCCUGCUGCGAUAUCUGCUCAAUCGGCAUUUGAACGCUUUUCCACGCCUACUGUUCAUUGAUUUGGACAUUGGCCAGCCGGAGAUCUUUUUGCAGCAAACUGUCUCCUGCACUGUCAUUGAAGAGCCGCUUCUGGGGCCAGGAUUCCUACUGAACAAGCAGCCGGAUCGGGCUCACGUCGUGGGCGACACAAACAUCGUCAUGUACCACGAGCAGUAUUUCGAGGCGGUGGUCCAGCUGAUGAGCCACAUCCAAAAUAAUCCCGAGUAUGCCAACAUGCCUUUUCUGAUCAACACGAUGGGCUACAACAGGGGAUUUGGCCUCGAGCUGAUGGCUCUGCUGGUGGACUACAUCAAGCCGACGGAUGUGGUGCAGAUCUCGAGUACUUUACCCAUGAACAACUUUAAGUCGCUACUCGACUGGUCGACCCUUUCAAAGGUCAAAGGUCCCUAUGUCUACAAAAAUACGGCGUUCAUGGUUGAGGGUAAAAACCAUAAGUACACGCUCCACGAGCUGCCCAGUGUUGUCCCACCUAGACAGCAGGGAGUCUGGCGAAUGAGUCCCAGGGAUAUGAGAUUCGCCAAUCUGUUGGUCCGCCUCAGCUCCUGCCUGAGGGGCAGUGCCAGGCACCUGACUGACUGCGAGCCCCUCAGCUCAUCUUUUGUGAAUAUUCAAGUCGUCCAUUCCACAGAGGAAGACCUUGAUAAGAGUAGCAUUAUCGCUGGAAUGGAAGCCAAUGUGGUUUACUUGGCCCAUCUGGAAGCUCAGGAUCUGCCCGUGUGCCUGGGCAUAGGUGUCGUCCGUGCCAUUGACUUUGAGAAAGAGAAGCUGUAUCUCGUGCCGGCCAUUCCUCUGGAGCGAAUGUGCCAAGUGAAUUGCCUUAUAUCCUGUGGAGACAUCAGCCUUCCGCAAAAGUUCUUCACGGAGCCUGGGCCGCAGGUCGGCAGCAACAUGCCGUUCGUCUUUCAGCAGGACGACGCCGGCUGGCUGACAAAGAGCAUCAAUCAGUUCUAUUCGCGAACGUCUUCCAUGAAAAAAGAUUAAUGCUAAACCAGCUACCUGUACUUUUAUGAAAAGUAAAAAUCCAAAUAAAGCUUUAUUGAUAUAGAGGCUAA